GCAUCUUGUAAAAUACAAAGUAAACGACAUCGCAUUGAACCAAUUUUGCCCUACUGCUUAAAUUUCCCAAAUUCCGAGUCCGUUCUGAUGCUUUGAACCCAACGGCCAUAUUUCUACCGGAAAAAGAAGUUCCGUUAUCUUCCCUGUUUUGCAAUGAACAACAAUAAACGGGAGAAAACAACCAACAACCAAAACGAUAGCGCAUUAAUCCAGUGCGCCGAGCUCAUACUUCCUUAUCUCCACCCGGCCGAUCUCGCCUCCACGUCAUCAACCUGCAAAACCCUAAACAAGAUCUCCAAUUCCAUCACUCUCAGAAGAUCAUCCGACGCUUCUCGGAGCUUGGAGAAGUUUCCGAUCCCAUUCAUCAAUUCAAUCGACAAUCAGAGCUACUCAUACUUUAUCUACAACCGGAAUCAGAUUCUCUCCACCGCCGUUCAUCCGCGGCAGCCAUGGGGUUAUGACCCAGAUACCAGACCCUAUCUGAUUAAUCCGGGUCGUUGCUACGACCCGUUUCUUUUCCGGGUCGAGGGUGCGAAGGGGUGUAGGUGCGAGAGGGGAUGUGAUAGGAGCUCCGGGUGUCCGUGUUUGGAUAAUGUGGAAUUCGGGGCUUGGGAGUGCGGGCCGGGUUGUCAGUGCGGGCCGGACUGUGGGAACCGGGUUAGUCAGAGUGGGAUAUUGGUCAAGCUGAAGAUUGUGAAAGAUAGGAGGACAGGUUGGGGUUUAUAUGCUGGUGAAUUUAUUCCCAAAGGGCAGUUCAUCUGUGAAUAUGCAGGAGAACUAUUGGUAACUAAAGAAGCACAAUCAAGGCAGCAAAUAUAUGAUCAACUUGCAUCAAGUGGCCAGCUGUCUCCUGCUCUUCUGGUCGUGAAGGAACAUCUUCCAUCUAGAGAUGUGUGUAUGAGGAUAAAUGUUGAUGCCACUAGAGUUGGAAACGUAGCUAGAUUCAUCAACCAUUCUUGUGAUGGUGGGAACCUUGAUACAAUAAUAUUGCGAAGCACUGGAUCUGUACUUCCUCGCGUAUGCUUUUUUUCUUCCAGAGAUAUAAAAAACAAUGAAGAGCUUAAAUUUAGUUAUGGGGAUAUCAGGCUUAAGAAGCAAGGACUGCCUUGUUUCUGUAGUAGCUCUUGUUGCUUUGGUGUCCUGCCUUCAGAAAAUACAUGACUUGGGACAGGGCACAAAAAGAGAGAGCGCAAGAAUGCUCAGUUGAGACUGGAGUGUGAAGAAGAAAAUCAAGAGAAGAAAUGGCAGAGAGCAAGGAAGUAGAUGUUAAGCUUGUUGCAAACAAGUUCAAGGAGAGGCAGUAAUUGAAGGCAGCAGCUCAAUCAGACCAGGACUAGAAGGAGCGAUCACCAGUAUCCCUCUUUAAGCCAGGGGAAUUGAGUUCCUGGUCCUUUUAUAGGGCUGGUAUUGCUGAGUUCAUGGCCACCCUUCUGUUCUUGUACAUCACUGUCUUGACUGUUCUGGGGGUUGGCAGUACACCAAACAAGUGAGCUUCUGUUGGUAUUCAAUGGAUUGCUCGGGCUUUCAGCAAUAUGAUCUUUGCACUUGUCUACUGCACUGCUGGUGUCUCAGGAGUACACAUUAACCCAGCCGUGAGUUUUGGCCUUCAUCUGAGCAGCUGCGGGUCAAUCUUUGUUAUAAGGACUUCUAGAAAGAGGACUAAAAUCUACACGUCUAGCUCACGAAGAAGACAAAAAAGUCUUCUCUAGCCAAAAUUAAUUCAAAAGUAACUUCAAUGUAUGCUUAAUCAUUUAAUUGACGAAAUAAACACGAGUAUUCUGAAUCAGUCAACGUAAAGUAAAUAUCAUAACUUCAGUUUAAUAUGACAUGAUGAGCUUGGA